GAAAGAAAGAAAGAAGGAAAGAGAGCGGCCAGGAGGAGGAGUGACAUUGAGCGACGGGAGAUGAGAGAUAAUAAAGUGCCCCCUUCCCAGAUCAUCUAGUUAUGCAGUGAGAUGUCUAAUGACCUCCAGACUGGGGCUGUCCAUGUGAAGAAGGAAAUCUUAGAAGAGAAGAACAGACACUUAUGGGGAGAGAAGAGUUUAACACGGAGUAAUGGCCUCCUCCACCGGUGACGAAAUGGAGGAAAAACUGGCACCCGUGAAGAAACGGGAGUGUGAGUGGGGUGACCCAGGGGAUUUGUGUGUAAAGGUGGAGGAGUGUGAAGAAAGAAUUUCAGUUUUUAAAGAAGAGCAACCCAAGGGGGAGACUAGCACUAUUAAAGCUGAGGAUUCAGAGGAUUUCCCGGUUAGUCUUGGAGCGCAGGCGCAUGAAACUGGGCAUAUUGUCAAGCGAGAUAUCUCUGACGGGCCUCCUUACUGUUUACCGGCCCAGCUCACUAAUAUGGCACGGCAGAAUUCGCUAGAAGUGAAAUCGGAGUCCUCGGAGUUUGAAGAGAAAGUCAAUGAAGGAAACGGGAGAGGAGCAGAAGAGCAGAGUGCUGGGAUAAAUUCACAGGAGAAUGGCAGCUUUUCCACAUCAUCUUUUGCCCAGUGCAGACAGCCACACAAAUGGGACAAAGAGAAGAUGGAGAAAUCAACAACUGGAUCACAGAGCUUAACAGCACUCUCUUUGCAGUGCAGUUCACUUCCUGAUGUUAAACUAAGAUGGACAGAAUCCAUCAACACUGAUCAACAAUUGCGUAAACACUUCAUUCACACUGGAGAGACACACUAUUGCUGUUCCGAAUGUGGAAAACAAUUCCCUGACAGUGGAAGUUUUCAGAAGCACACACAAAUUCAUACUGGAAAGAAGCCAUAUUGCUGCUCUGAUUGUGGCAAACGAUUUCUCAAAAACAACAGUCUUCAAAAACACAUAAUAAUUCACACUGGAGAGAAACCCUAUUACUGUUCCGAAUGUGGAAAACGAUUUUCUGACCGUAGCAAUUUUCGACAGCACACACGAAUUCACACCGGAGAGAAACCAUUUGGUUGUUCUGAAUGUGGUAAACGAUUCUCACAAGUAAGCCAUCUUCAGAACCACACAAGAAUCCACACUGGAGAGAAACCCUUUUGCUGUUCUGAAUGUGGAAAACGGUUCUCUGGCAGUAGCAGCUUUCAGAAGCACACACAAACACAUACGGGAGAGAAGCCAUAUUGCUGCUCUGAAUGUGGUAAACGAUUCUCACUACUAAGCCAUCUUCAGAGGCACACAAGAAUCCACACAGGCGAAAAACCCUAUUGCUGUUCUGAAUGCGGCAGAAAAUUCUCUGACAGUAGUAAUUUUCGACAGCACACACAAAUUCAUACUGGAGAGAAACCAUAUUGCUGUUCUGAAUGUGGAAAACAAUUCUCCAUCAGCAGUAGUCUUCGACAGCACUCACGAAUUCAUACUGGGGAGAAGCCAUAUUGCUGCUCUGAUUGUGGCAAACAAUAUUCCAGUAAUAGCAGUUUUCGUAAACAUAGAAGAAUUCACACUGGAGAGAAACCUUAUUGCUGUUCUGAAUGUGGAAAACAAUUCUCUGACAAUAGUGCUCUUCGACAACACACACGCAUUCAUACUGGAGAGAAGCCGUAUUGCUGCUCUGAAUGUGGGAAAAGAUAUUCUAGUAAUAGCAGUUUUCAUAAGCAUACAAAAGUGCACACUGAAGGAAAACCCUUAUUGCCGUUCUGAAGGUGAUAACAGGAUUCUCCAUUUUGUAAGGGCUUACUAGAAACCAAAGAAUUCACACUGAUGAGAAACAAAACCUUGAAGGGAGGGUCUGUUAGAGGGGAAGAAAAAGGAGUCAAAACCUCACCUGCCUACAAGUCUUGAUAAGUACCUUCACAUGGUGGGUUAUAUUGUAUAAGAUCCAUAGGAACUCUCAUCAAGGUAAAGCGAUCUUAGUAUGAAAUCAUCAAAAACAAAAAUUCAGCAUUGGCUGCACAUUUUUCAUAUGAAAAGAUGCCCAACCCCUGCCUCAGCAACAGGGAAGGUGAUGAUGGUAGUAAUUCUACAACUAGAUGAGGAAGACCUCCACUGUUGUGUCAUUUCAGAUGCACGACGUUGCUAGCCCCAGCAUAAUGGAACAAACAAGACCACAACAUUGUAUCAUGGGAAAUAAAAUAAGAUGACUGGACAGACAUCAGUGGUCAACUGAAGACAAAGAGGGUGUCAAAUACUGGGUUUCUUUUAAAGGGAUAUGCCAGGUGGGCUUCCAUAAACCUGCCAUCCAGAAAUUGAGCCUUCUUUUCCAAAUUAAAUAAUAUAACAGAUACAGACUUAAGAUCUCUAAUUGGUAUGAAACUAUUAAGCAAAGAGAAAUCUGAAUAUUUUCAAGGAAUCACAAUGUAAUAAUUCAACUAACAAAUCCAUCAUCUGUUUAGAUCUCUCCCUGUUCUCCCACUCCAUCCAGCUCCUUCUCUAAGUUCUCACCAGUCACAUCUGUGUUUGUUAAUGACCUGCUUUGUAAGAUGAGGCCGACUACUUGUGUACUGGACCCCAUCCCCACCACACUACUUAAAUCCUGCCUUCAUGCCACAAUCCCGACUGUUACAACAAUAAUAAACUCGUCCCUUGACACUGGCACUGUGCCGCUCACUUUUAAAAUCGCUUCUGUAACCUCAGUGUUAAAAAAGUCUGGCCUUGAUGCUGACAAUCUUAACAAUUUCCAGCCUAUCUCCCACUUAUCUUUUCUGUCAAAAGCUCUUGAGCGUGUUGUAGCUUCCCAACUCACCAAUAACUUCACUUCUAAUAACUUGAUGGAACCCUUUCAGUCUGGUGUCAGGGUGUGGCACAGCUGUGAAACUGCUCUGCUACGGGUAACCAAUGAUUUGUUUAUGGCAGUGGACUCUGGACAAACUAGCAUAUUAAUUCUGUUAGACCUCAGUGCAGCAUUCAACACUCGGGUCAGACAUGACAGUCUACUGUCCAGAAUGGAGAACAUGCUGGGUAUCUCUGGCACUGCCCUCCACUGGUUCAAGUCCUAUCUGACUGAUAGACAAGAGUUUGUUAGUCUUGGCAACAGCAGAUCCAACUCGGUGCCAGUCACACAAGGAGCUCCUCAGGGCUCUGUGCUCGGCCCUCUUCUCUUCUGUAAUUAUAUGCUUCCCCUUGGCCAUAUUAUUCAUAGCUAUGGACUGGGUUAUCAUUUUUAUGCAGAUGUUACUCAACUCUACUUCAAUGUUAAAAGUGGAACUUCAUCAGAGCUUUCUCAGCUCACAACCUGCCUCCGUGAAAUUAAUACCUGGAUGGAGCAGAACUCUUUAAAAUUAAAUUGCAACAAAACUGAACUCCUGCAGAUUGGGACUAAAGUGCAACUUAAUAAAAUGAGCUCCUUCACCAGUCCGUCUUGGCGGUGAUCGCAUCAGACCUGCCUCUACUGCAAAGAUCCUUGGUGUCAUUUUUGAUUCCUCCCUCUCUUAUUCCACCCACAUAAAUCACAUUAAGAAACUUUCUUACUUUCACCUCUGUAACGUAUCUCGUGUUCGCUCCUUCCUCUCCUUCUCUAAUGCUGAGAAACUUGUCCAUGCUUUUAUCACAUCCCACAUUGAUUAUUGUAAUUCCCUACUGGCAGGUGCCCCUUCUAAUCUUACAUCACAGCUCCAGCUUAUUCAAAACUUGGCUGUAAGAGUCCUGACACGGACCAGCAGCAGCGAGCACAUCACACCCAUCCUGCUCCGUCUCCACUGGCUCCCUGUGUCCUACAGAAUCGAAUAUAAAAUCCUACUAAUAACCUACAAAGCCUUAAAUAACCUCACGCCAAACUACAUCAGUGACCUUCUCCAUCAGUAUGUGCCUGCCCGCCCACUAAGGUCCUCUGAUUCUGGUAAUCUUGUUGUGCCCCUCACUAAUCUACACUCCAUGGGUGACAGCAGGGCCUUCAGCUGUAUAGCGCCCAGACUCUGGAAUGAGCUAACAAAAUUAAUCAGGUCAGCGGACUCCAUGAAUUGUUUUAAAAAACAACUCAAAACUCAUCUGUUCAGGAAGGCUUUUAGCUCCACUUGACUUUAUUACCCCUCUCUGUCAAGAUGCUGAUGUAACCUGUGAGUGUGUGUGUGUGUGUGCGAGACCAUCAAUGAUGUUGUCUGUUAGGCUUUUCUCUGAAUUUACUGUCUUAAUCUUCUUUAUUUAUUUAUCUGGUUUAGUACAAUGCUAUGUACUGUAUACGCUGCUG